UACCUCGGCUUGUUACAGCCUACUAACUGCCUACUGCUCUCUCCUCCGUUUGUGUCCGGUGCUGCAUCACGGAAAGGCAGAACUACUAGUUACAGCAGGCGCCGAUAGCGGUCGCGUGGAUUGCUUCAUAAGAGAAGCCCUAAUAAGCGCGACCCCGUCAUUCAUUUCUCACCUGCACUCAUAGAGACUCAUCAAUUGACGUUAUCGGCAUAACCGCUCUCAACGACGGACGGCGCACGCGACUACUCGGAGCAAGCGCAAAGAGGAAGCCCAAGCUCCAACAAGCUAAAGCCAUCCAUUCAUUCAGACAAGUCGCGAAGCAAAAGGGGUACCGCCGCCGUCAUGUUGACGCCCUGUAGGUCGGCGGCAGCACGAUCGCUGCGCGCGCUGGCAUGCUCCUCCCGGACCUUUUCGACGUCGCUGUGGCCGCGGCGAGGCGGCGGUUACGAGGACACGAUAGACAACCUACGCAUUGAUGGCAACUCUCGCGUCAUCUAUCAAGGCUUCACCGGCCAGGCUGCCACGUCGAAUGCCAAGGACACCAUCGAGUACGGCACAAAGGUCGUCGGCGGCGUCUCCCCCGGCAAAGGCGGCCAGACGCACCUCGACCUCCCCGUCUUUGGCACCGUCCGCGAGGCCAUGCAAGCCGUCAAGCCGCACGUCAGCGCCGUCUUCGUGCCCGCGCAGUUCGCCGCCAGGGCCAUCGUCGAGGCCAUCGAGGCCGAGGUGCCGCUCGUCGUCUCCGUGGCCGAGCACAUCCCCGUGCACGACCUGCUGCACGUGCACGAGGUGCUGCGCACGCAGAGCCGCAGCCGCCUCGUCGGGCCCAACUGCCCGGGCGUCAUCUCCCCGGACCGCUGCCGCGUCGGCAUCAUGCCCUACCGCCAGUACCGCCGCGGCCGCGUCGGCAUCGUGAGCAAGUCGGGCACCCUGAGCUACGAGGCGGUCGGCGCGACGAGCGCCGCGGGGCUGGGGCAGAGCCUCGUCGUUGCCGUGGGCGGCGACUCGAUGCCGGGCACCACCAUUGCCGACGUGCUCCAGGUCCUCCUCACCGACCCCGAGACCGAGGGCAUCAUCGUCAUCGGCGAGAUUGGCGGCGAGCAGGAGCUGCACGCCGCCGACAUGAUUGCGCGGCACCGCCGGUCCACGCCGAGCCCCAAGCCUGUCAUCGCCAUGGUCGCGGGCCAGACGGCGCCCGUGGGCAAGAUCAUGGGCCACGCGGGGGCCGUCCUCUCGCCGAGGGACGCGACGGCGGCGGACAAGGCCGCGGCGCUGGAGAGGGCGGGCGCCGUCAUCGUGCCGCACCCGAGCGUCAUGGGCGUGACGAUGAAGGAGCUUCUGGGCGUGAAGUAGUGAUUUGGGCAAAUUAGUAGAAUCAUCUAUAGAGCCGAGCAUGUUUACUGUGGUUCAGCCAUGGGUGCUUGUCGAGCGAGCGCCUGACGUGCAUGCCUACGAUUUGAAGUACAGAGAUAUACGAUUACCGAGUAGAUUGGCAGAUAUUGACGUUCCGGGUCCCAAUUGGCGCGGG